AAAUUAUAUAUCCAAUGUUUAUUUUUAGGUGGAUAUAUUUAAUAUGAGAAACUGCUGAACCUAAAAUGUCAACUUUAGUUUGUUUGCUAUUGUGUACACUUAGUGUACUGCAAUGUAUAUUUGCUCAGCAGCCGGAUCCGAGAAUUAUUAAUCAAUCUCAAGGGGGAGGAGUAGGAGGAGGGGUAAGAGGUAACCAGGAGCCCCGUCUUCUAGAAGGAGGAGAUCUUCAAGGUUUCUCCUUGUUUGAGAAUACUCCCGUGGGAACUACAGUUUAUACACUCAGGGGAGAGGAUCCAGAGGGAAGUAGGAUAUCCUACUUUAUCAGCGGAGAUUUCUUUAGAGUAGAUCGGGCUACAGGAGUUGUGACAUUGUCUGAACCCCUGGAUAGAGAACAAUAUUCCUCUCUUACUGUUGUCAUAACACUUCAGGAUGAACCGAUACGUGGAGAACAGGAGAAUCUAGUAGCUUUCAGGCGCAGUAUUCAAGUGUUGGAUCGAAACGAUAAUCCUCCUGAAUUCCGUGGUAAACCCUACAACUUUACUGUGUCCGAGAUUCAGGCUGUUGGUGAGACAGUGUAUACAGGAGUAGUUAUUGAAGAUAUUGAUGCUGGCAGAAACUCAGAGAUUUCAAUACGCUGUACAGAACAAUCUUCAACAGAUGCUUGUGAGAGUUUUGACAUUUUUGCUGAAAAACAAGAGGAUGGAAAAUAUAAAGGUUUGGUAAUCCUAAAGAAAGGUUUGGACUAUGAGCGUGUCUCCUCGUACAACCUUGAUCUUGAAGCAGUUGAUCAGGCAGAAGGAGAGGAUCGUUUAGCUGCCAGAGCAUCAAUUCUUAUUCAGGUGGAGGAUGUACAGGAUCAAGAUCCGGUGUUUUUAAAUUCUCCAUACUCAGCGAAUAUACCAGAAGAUACAAAACAGGAUACUGAGAUAUUUGAUAUUGAAGUUAGAGACGGAGAUACUGGUAAACCCCGGGAUCUUGAUGUAAGAAUUGAAGGAGAUAAUCUUCAAUAUUUUCAGCUCAUAGAUCUUGGAACUUCUGAAACAGGAGUGAAGAGAUUAAGUUUAAGAACAACAGAGAAAAGAAUAGAUAGAGAACAAGAAUCUAUUCUUCAGGAGGGAGGUCUGUAUACAUUCAAGAUUGUAGCGCGCGAGAUAACAGCUCAAGAUGAGAUCGGAGCAGAGACCUCUACGGGAGUGACUGUUGUAAUUACAGAUAUAGACGACGAAGUUCCUGUGUUUAGUAGACAGGAGAUAGCUGUUCCUGUCCCUGAAGACGUAGGAGCAGACACGCCUCUGCCUGGUUUAACCCUGGAGGUGAUGGACCGGGAUGUCAGCAAAAACGCCAAGUUCUCAUUGUACCUGGAACCUGUCACUCCCAACUCUGAAGGAGUGUUUUACGUUUAUCCAAAGUCAGCCAUCGGAAAAACCCCGGUCAUUAUUCGAGUGAAGGAUCCUCAACGGCUAGAUCACGAGGACGAACUGGCUAAAGAGUUUAUAUUUGACGUUGUUGCAGAAACUCCUUCCGGUGUUCAAGUCAGGUCCAGGGUAACUGUAAUAGUUACUGAUAGUAAUGACAACACUCCGCUGUUUUCUGAGUCAGUUUAUGAAUUUAAUAUUCCUGAAGAUGCUUCUUCUGAAACUGUGCUUGGAACUAUCGCAGCUGAAGACCCAGAUUCAGGAUCCUACGGGGAAAUAAUUUAUUCCAUCCGAGGGUUUGGUUCGGAGAAGUUUACUGUCGAGCAGAACUCGGGAGAGAUAAGUGUUGCAUCCUGUGGUCCGAAGAAGCCAAGACAAGGUUCCAGGUUAGGAUCUUGUCUAGAUUAUGAAACCCAGAAAACUUUCUCUUUGAUCUUUACAGCUACAGACGGUGGAGGUCAGCUCGCGACAACUUCUCUGAUUAUAAAUAUCGAAGACGUGAACGAUAACCAUCCAAAGUUUGAUCAAUCAGAAUACAAACGAGUAGUUAGAGUUGGGGAUUCUAAAUUUGAACCUCCUCUAGUAAUAAAGGCUACGGAUAAGGAUGGUCCAACACAGGGUGAUGGCCGGGUCUUUUAUGCAAUCAAGUCGAUCAACACAGAUGCGGUCAUCUUUGAAAUUGAUCCUCUUACUGGAGAAUUAAGCAUGCUGAAACCUGCAAGUGUUGAAGAUACCGAGAAUGGUCGAUAUGAUCUGGUUAUCAGAGCAACUGAUCAGGGUAACCCGGAGCCUCUGCAUGCAGAUAUUAAUGUUUUUAUCAACGUCGGGAGCACAAGGAACCAGAGACCUAAGUUUAAGUUCCCAACUUAUAAUGUCAAGCUCCGAGAGGACAGUAAACCUGGAGAGGUUCUGCUGAUAGUAGAGGCUGAAGAUCCUGAUGGAGAAGAUUCAGAUCUCAGGUUUACCAUCUACUCUGGAUCCAAGGAUAACUUUGUCCUCGACCCAACCUCCGGUGUCCUCUCUGUCUCCGAGGACGCUGUUCUGGAUAUCAAUGAGAACGGUGAACUAUACGAGCUUGAGCUCCAUGUAACGGAUUCAGGGGAACCCUUUAAACAAACUGGAACAGCCAAACUUACAAUCAAUGUUGAGGAUGUUAACAACAAGCCACCAAAGUUUAUGAAGGAAUCCUACACAGAAUAUGUUCUUGAAAACGAACCCAAUGGUUUUGAGGUUCUCAGUGUAACAGCUGAGGACCCAGAUCGCAAUGCCGAGCUGGAAUACGAUAUUGUUGAACCUAUAACAGCACGUGACAAGAGUGGAUCUGUGCUCAAGACUGUUGCCGCGUAUGAUUUUAAAUCAGCGUUCAACAUAGAUCCUAGGAACGGACGAAUAUUCUUAAAUGAGAAACUGAGCUAUAACUCUGCAGCCGUGAUUAUUCUCACUCUGCAGGUUACAGAUAAGAAUGCAGAAAUUGGAAACCAAACUGCCACUGCUGAAGCAACUUUCUUCAUUCAGGCGUUUAAUGCUGAUAGUCCUGUAUUCCCUGCUCCCUGGACUCCUAGUGAUCCUACUCUUGAACUAGAGAUAGAUGAGGAACUACCUCCUGGUACUCCACUCCUCAAUCUUACUGCGAAGGACCCUGUGACCGGCCAGCUGAUAACAAAUUACCAAAAGCUGCAGACUGAGUCUGAUAUGAAUGAUAUAAUACAGGUUUCUCAGCUUGGUACCGUUACCAGCACGCAGCGCCUUGAUUUCGAGAAGUUUAAGUCUAUAAGUUUCUCAGUAGCUGCUCUAGCCGGCGCAUCUGGUGAGCAAAGGCGUAGUGAGGCACAUAUUACGCUCAAGCUCAAGGAUGUAAACGAUCAUGCGCCAAGGUUCCUGGAAUCUUUUUACAGCGCUAAGAUCUCUGAAGAUGUUUUACCUGGAACUCCAGUGGUAACAGUAGCUGCUGUUGAUGAUGAUGCAGGGGAGAUGGGUUCAAUUGUUUACAGUUUAGAGGGAGAGGGAACAGAACAGUUCACCAUCCAUCCUACCGAGGGACACAUCACUGUUAAGGCUGGUGAGCGUGGUAGAUCUAACCUGGACCGUGAGGUUCAGGCUGAGUAUUCACUAAAGGUGGUCGCACGUGAUCUACCUGAAGGCGGGGCUGAUCAGAAGUCCACAGCGGUUCUGGUCCAGGUUAGCCUGCAAGAUGUUAAUGAUUCUCCUCCUCAGUUCGUUCAGUCCAGGUAUACUGCUGUAGUCCCAGAGAAUAGUCCUGUUCAGACUCUAGUAGUCCAGGUAUCUGCAGUUGACCCUGAUGUCGGUGUAAACAGUGAGGUUACAUAUGACUUUGCGAACCCAAGCCAAAUCCAGGAUCUUUACAGUAUCGACAAGAAGACGGGUCGAGUGUACACUCGAGGUACUCUGACUGGCAGGGGGCGCAGAGAACCUUACAUCAUCACUAUACGAGCUGUAGAUGGAGGUUAUCCCGUUCAACAGUUUAAAGAUACUGAUCUCUAUAUUACUAUUGGAGAUGUAUCAAGGAACGAUGGUGUUCCUGAGUUCCAACGUCCUGCUGUAGGAGAUGUAGCAGAAGUAUUUGAAGAGGCCCCUGUGGGCACAUUUGUAUUUCAGUGCGAGGCAAGCGAUCGGGAUGAUCCUAACACAGCAAACGGGAAGCUUGUGUACAGUUUUCCUGAAGACGGGAGCAUAAUCCAUCAGCUGUUCAUCAUCAAUCCUAACACAGGAUUAAUAUCUACUAUAUCAGCUCUAGACCGGGAGACAAGGGCAGAAUAUUCUCUAACUAUUGAAGUAAGGGACCUGGGUACCCCUGUACAACAAGCUACCAGAACACUGUCUGUAAUAGUUAAGGAUAUUGAUGAUCAUCCUCCACAGUUCCACAGGCAAAGAAACUCAGUUCCUCUGACAAUGGAAGUGCUUGAGGAGAUGGAGCUAGGGAAUAAGAUUGGAAUAGUAUCUGCUGUUGAUGAAGAUGAAGAUCGUAAUGCAGAGAUUGAUUAUGCGAUUAUAGAUGGAGACAAGGAUGAAAUAUUUGGCAUUGAACGUGAUGAGGAGAACAAUGGUUUAAUUGUUGUAAACAAACGGUUGGAUAGAGAGAAGGCAGGCCUGUACACCCUUACUAUCAGGUGCUUUAAACCUGGUGACAAGGGACUGCUCUCUCAAAGGAAGAAGUAUGAUAAAACCAAGUUGGAUGAAAUCCAGGUUAAAAUAUUUGUGUUGGAUCAGGACGAUAAUAAUCCACAGUUCAGCAAGAAUAAUAUCACACUCGGGGUUAGGGUUAACUCACCACUAUAUACAGAACUAACACAGUUGACCGCUAUUGACCCUGACCCAGCAGCUAACCCUGUUGUCUACUCUAUCCAGAAUGUAUCCUACUUUAACCCUAAAUCUAAAUAUAAGAAACUAAAUAUCCUUGACGGAGUGUUUAUCGUUGAUCCAACUACAGGAGUUCUCCAGACUAAUCGAACCUACGGCAAAUACUCAGAAGGUUACUUUGAUCUGACUGUCAAGGCUAGCAACACACCGGACCCGGAACGCGCAGAUUAUGCGCAUCUCAAGAUAUUUGUUCUUCAAGAUACAGAUCUAAUGAAGUUUGUGUUCGAUGAUGACCCAGUUCAGGUUUCGAAACAUAUUUCUGAGAUAAAAAGUGAUCUUGAAGCAGCAUUCACUCUUCCUCUCUCCAUCAACAUCUACGACACAGAGUUCUACAGCAAGUACGACGGGAGCUUGGACUUUGGCAGAACAAGUUCAUGUUUUCAAGUUCUGAAGGAUAAUGACGCAAUUCAACUUAAUUCUGUUCAAACUCUCUUCGAUACAACUUCAAAUCCAGGAUUAAAAGAGAAGUUGGAUAAAUAUCGUGUUAUCAGUGUAGAACGAUGUGCUAGUGUCAGAUCCACGUAUAAGAUGAGUUGGGUUCAGAUCUGUAUACUUGUAAUUGCUCUUUUCAUCGGAGUUGUUGCAUUCAUUGCAGCCAUUGUACUCUCCUGUUUAUAUUCGACAUAUCGAAGACGAAUUCGACGGAACAAUAUUCGAAUAGUUGAAGCUCCAGUUCGAGCUUUGAUCCCGGCAUCCCUUCCUCCAGGAUCAGUUAUAGGUCCCCGGCCCCCGUCUGCUGCAGGUUCUAAUGGGCGUAUUUAUGAAUGGCAAGAAACAGCUUUACCCAUAGAUACUGUUUCCUACAGGAGUUUACCAAGAUAGUUCGUACAGGGCUAAACAGUGCUCCCAGUGCCACAGAUUAAAUCAUUUUAAAAUUGUAUGUAGUUUAUGUAAAAUUUAAGAUCGAUCGCUAUUAUUAAUAUAGAUGAAAAAGUUGUGCUAUGAAUACUCAAUUAGGAAAUUAAAUCCCAAUUAAGAUUCAAAUCCUAUAACCCUGACUUCUACGUAAUGAUGUGUUUGUUUGUUUAUUUGUUUAACGUUGUAAAAUUUUUCAAAAAACAAAGAUUUGUGUUUCUCUGUUCAAAACAAAUUUACAAAAACUGUAAACGUUAUUUCAAGUGCAGUCUCCAUUUGUGCAGUCUUUCUAUAAUUCAAUUGCGGUCUCGUCUUGCGGAGUUAUGCAGGAGAGACAAGUUUGACACAAUAUGAUAUUUUUUUAAUUGUUACUAAGAUGAAAGUUAAAGUGGUUUAACUGUGUUGAAGUUACGUUUUCUUAAAUGUUGAUUAUUUUCUGAAUAAUUUCUCUCUUGCUCAAUUUCAAGAAACUGUAAUGUAUUUGAAUUGUCCAAUCUUUGCGCCAUAUAACGUUUCAUAUUUUCAUAUGCAGUGUUUCCCAAAAUAUUGAUGUAAAAUGUAGUUGAAAGCUACAAUCAGUGUAAAUUUGGGGUUGAAUCCCAUUUAUUUUGCUUUGCCCUGUCUAAUCUUUAAACUUAUCUUAAAGUAGAAGAAAUGUCUUCCUAAUAUGAAUUAUGUAGAUUAUAGACAAUAAAUAAAACUAUUUUCCUAGAAA